AUGCUUCUUGACCUAGACUAUGAUCUUUUCAGUCCCUAGUGUACCCAGAGGCCCCUUGUCUCUGUCCCCAUUGUUCUGUGGGUUGGGGCUGACAUCUUUCCCAGGUCUCAAACUUUCUCUUUCUACUUCCUCCACCCCCAGGCAUCUUGGCUCUGGAGAAGGCUGCGUGGCAAGAGGCGGUCAGUGGUGACAUUCUGCCUCUUGAUGACCCUGUCUGCGGUGGCUGUCACCCGCUUCCCCUCACUGCGUCCAGCCACUGGCCCGGACCCUGGUUCCAUGGAGCCGCAGUGGGUCACGGGUGUCCCUGCUCCCCAUGUCCGGCAGGCUCUGAGUUUCAGCCGGAGGCAGCGGGCAAGAAGCCUGGGGUUCCGGAGAGGCUUGGCUUUGCUCAGGAACUCCAACUUGGUCUGUGCUGAGAAGCAAGGCCACAGAGCGAGAGUGGACAGAAGCAAGCAGUCCCCAGGAGGGGACAGCAGGAGUCCAGGUAGGGUCAGGAGGGACAUUGCUUCGGAAGCCUGUGAGCCAGACAGUCCCAUCCGGGAGACACAGAGCGAGACGAGCACCCUGGUCAGCCAGCUCACAGGGAGCGACAUAACCACUUUCCGGACUUGGAGAGCCACUGCUGGACCCACCCUCCAGCCCCACCCAGCUGAAGGCAGGGAGCUGCCAGGAGCUGAGAAGAGAGCCUUGGCUGGUGGGCAACAUGCCAGGGACUCUGGCCCGGCCCGGGGGGCUCGUCAGUGGCCUGGCUCUGUUGGGGAGUUGCAAGGUUCUGUCUGGUGUAACACUGAGACGCCUGGGCUGUUGACAGGCUUGAGAACUGGCAGGCAGGUUCCCCCAUGGUUCACAGAGCAUGAUGUGCAGACCCUUGGGCUGCUGGCCCGUGGGGAGGUGGUAGGCAAGGCCCGAGUCCCCGGCCAUGGGCAGGUGCUGCAGGUCAGCCUCUCUGUCGAGGGUGCCCUUCAGGACACAUCUGCUCCCGGGCUCGGCCAGCUUUGCUCCCAGGGGCUCUGCGGCCUCAUCAAGAGGCCUGGGGACCUGCCUGAGGUCCUGUCCUUCCAUGUGGACCGUGUGCUGGGGCUGCGGCGGAGCCUGCCUGCAGUGGCCCGGCGCUUCCACAGCCCCCUGCUGCCGUACCGCUACACGGAUGGUGGCACAAGGCCCCUCAUCUGGUGGGUGCCUGACGUGCAGCACCUGGCUGAUCCUAACGACGACCAGAACUCUCUGGCCUUAGGUUGGCUGCAGUACCAGGCCCUGCUGGUUGACGGCUGCAGCCGGCCGGGCCAGGCCCUAUGCCUGGGCAUCCACCGCGCCGAGUGGGCACGCCUGGCACUCUUCGACUUCCUGCUGCAGGUCCAUGACCGCCUGGAUCGCUACUGCUGUGGCUUUGAGCCUGAACCCUCGGAUCCCUGUGUGGAAGAGAGGCUCCGGGAAAAAUGCCGGAACCCUGCUGAGCUGCGACUGGUCCACAUCCUGGUCCGGAGCAGCGAUCCAUCUCAUCUAGUCUACAUCGAUAAUGCAGGAAACCUUCAGCACCCGGAGGACAAGCUCAACUUUCGGCUGCUGGAAGGCAUAGAUGGGUUUCCAGAGUCUGCCGUGAAGGUCCUUGCAUCAGGCUGUCUACAGAAUAUGCUGCUCACGUCGCUGCAGAUGGACCCGGUGUUCUGGGAAAGCCAAGGCAGGGCCCAGGGCCUGAAGCCGGUUCUCCAGACCCUGGAGCGGCGAGGACAGGUCCUGCUGGGACACAUACGGAAGCACAACCUGACGCUCUUCGAGGACGAGGACCCAUGA